AUGCGUGCGGCUUCACGCACACGGUCUCGAAAUCUCCCAACCAGCUUGAAGGUGGAUGCGCUGCCCAGCCCCUUUGUGACUAAUCCGGGCCAGGGCACAGAGAAGCUGGACCUGCAUUUCAACCCCAUUGUCUGCAACUCACUGGAGGGCAGCAACUGGGAAGAUCACUUGUGCUUCAGCCCAGGGUCAGAGGUCAAGUUCACCGUGACCUUCGAGAGUGACAGAUUCAAGGUGAAGCUGCCAGACAGGCACCGGUUGGCCUUUCCCGACAGGCUGGGCCACGGCCACCUGAGCUCCCUGAGUGCCGAGUGGGUUCAACAUCUCCUCCUCCAAGCUUGACUGAGUGGGCGGGCGCUCACGGGAACGACAGAACCCUCGCCCCGACUUCCCAUCCUGAGCUCCU